AUGUCGGACUGGAAGAAAUACGACAGCUAUGACGUGCCCAUCGACCCCAAGCAGCAGGACAAGGCCACCAUGUUCAAGCUCUACAGCUUCCGGCGCCCCCACAUGCGAGCCUUCCAUUUCGCGUGGUUCGGCUUCUUCAUGGCCUUCGUCUCCUGGUUCGCCUUCGCCCCGCUCAUGAAGGAGAUCAAGGCCGACCUCGGCAUGACCAAGCUCGAGGUGUACAACGCCAACAUCUCGUCCGUGUCUUCCACCGUGCUCUCGCGUUUCAUCGUGGGCCCCCUCUGUGACACGUUCGGCGCGCGAAUCAUCUCCAGCACCCUGCUCAUCAUGGGGUGUAUCCCGACCGCCUUCGCCGGCCUGGUGAACAGCGCCACCGACGUGGCCAUCAUCCGCUUCUUCAUCGGCGUGAUGGGCGCCACGUUCGUGUGCACGCAGUUCUGGUCCUCGCAGAUCUUCGCGAAGGAGUUCGUCGGCACGGCUAACGCCACUACCGGAGGCUGGGGAAACCUGGGUGGCGGUGUCACUCAGAUCUUCAUGGUGGCGAUCUGGAACGCCUUCAAGACCAGCUACGACAGCGAGACGGCGUGGCGCCUCUCGUUCCUCGUGCCGGCGGCCAUCGUAUUCUGCGUUGCCGUGGGCCAGCUGUUCCUCGCCGAUGACAGCCCGAAGGGUAACUACAAGGAGCUCGAGGCGCACGGCGCCAUGACUCGCAAGUCCUCCGCCGUUUCCUUCAAGAAGGGCUACAUGAACGUGAACUCAUGGCUCAUGUUCCUCCAGUACGCCGCCUGCUUCGGCGUCGAGCUGACGGUCAACAACGUGGCGGCCAACUACUUCUCGGACGAGUUCGACCUGUCUACCUCCAAGGCUGGUCUCGUGGCGUCGUUGUUCGGACUCAUGAACCUCUUCGCCCGCUCUCUGGGUGGCAUCUGGUCCGACUUCCUGUUCGCCAAGUUCGGCGGCGGCGUUACCGGCAUGCGGGGACGCUUCUUCGCCCAGUGGUCCGCCCUCCUUUGGGAAGGCUGCUUCCUCUUCCUCUUCACCUUCAUGAACCAACUUGGUGCGGCCAUCCCCGUCCUCAUCCUCUUCUCCGUGGGCGUGCAGAUGGCGGAGGGCACCUCGUACGGCAUCGUGCCGUACAUCGUGCCGGACGCGACGGGCGCGGUGUCGGGCAUCGUGGGCGCCGGCGGUAACUUCGGCGCGGUGAUGUGGGGUCUGAUCUUCCGGUUCGCGGGCAGGAGCGAGAGGGCGGUGUUCCGAAUCAUCGCGGCGUUCGUGGUGGGCCUAUCAUGCCUUACGCCUCUCCUCAAGAUCCGCGGGUACGCCACGUGCUUCGCCGCCCCCCAGGGAGAGCCGGACUCCAUCGCGGACAUCUAAAUGUUUUUAUUGCGUGCUUUACUUCGCCUAUCGGCACCGUACUACACAUAUUUCCCGCCUGAAAAAAUUGUAUCGUCAUCUAGCUCGUUCGCAAGAGCUUGGGAUGUCCGGGUGCUAUCAAAAAUCGUCUGGUGGCCUCUGUCGGGGCUGGUGGUAAUCUUCGCGGUUGUGCUUUGGGGCAUGAUACGUUUUGGUCGCUGUUAUCCGGUAUCGAUAAGAGAGAGACUGAUGGAGAGAGAGCCAGACAGACAGACAGACAGACACAGAGAAUAGGAGAGAGACAUAAGAGAGACGGAGGAGAUCAAAUAGUUCGUAUAUUGAUGUCGGCUUGAAAAAAUCACGCGUUUGUGCCUAUAGCCCCCGUAAGCGUACCACGUUCGCGAUUGUUUUUGAGUAUACAGCCGAUAUAUACCUGCGUGUGUAAACUGUGGGAGUCCAGGUCCAUAUUUUUCCUCCCACUGGGUGUGUGUUGGAGGGAGGGAUGGGCCGAUUAGGGUCGGAAUCUUGUCUUCUUGUAUGUCAUCAAUGGAGGAAAUAAUGUAGGCGUAGUUUCGGAACGAUUUGAUGUGGAAACGUCAGAUCGCACCCUGUUGCAUUGUAUGAGAUUGUCCAUGUUCUGUACGUGUAGGAAGAGGAAAGACCACUCUUCUGGAUGGUCUAUUCUUGGGUAAGUAUUCUUGGUUCAGCAUCACAUCUAUCUGUCUUUUGGGUCAUGCUGUGACCAUGGGCACACAUUCGCACUGGUAUUGAUUUUGUGGGAGAGUCCAGAAGAAUUUGUGGGUGGAGACAAUAUUAAAAACCCGACAGGGCUUCCGCCAC